AUGUUAUCUUCAUCAUAUUGGUUUAAACAACAACAACAACAACAACCAUCAACAACAACAAUGAACAAUGGUUAUGGUUCAAAUACCAUUAAAGAAUUGGGUAGUAGUAGUACACCCAAUUCAUCACAUAGAUACCAUCUAUCUGAUCCAUUUGAUAAGGUGCGUGUUGUAGUUGUUGGUGAUACCACUGUUGGCAAAUCAUCUCUCAUUCAUUUGAUUUGUAAUGGUACUGUACCUGAACGACCACCUUCUUGGACAUUAGGUUGUAAUACAUUUUUAAAGUACUCUUGUAUUGUUAACAAUCAUCUGUCUGUAUCUAAAGAUUACUUUAUAGAAUUUGUUGAUGUUGGAGGAUCGGCAAAAUAUAAAAUAACAAGACCUACCUAUUAUACACCUAUCAAUGGAUUGGUGGUAGUAUACGAUCUGACAAACAAGAAUUCAUUGGUCAAUGUCAAGAAAUGGAUAUUUGAAGUACUCAACAAACUAUCGCAGUCUGGCACUAGUUGGAGCUUAAAAGAGACUGCAGAGAAUCCUCAACUACUCGAACUUGAAAACACAGUAUACGUCCAUACCAAAGCACCCAGCAUACCUUUACUCAUCCUAGGCAACAAAUGUGACCUAUACUAUGAUAAAACUUAUAUUUUCAAAGAUAAACUUGGUAGUUUAAGUGUUCCUGUUACAUCAACCAAUAUUAAUUGUUUUGAAAAAGGAAGUGAUAAUUGGAUAAAGUUGGAUUUAUUUUUUAAUAAGAUCAUUUCAAAUAUAUCUGGAUCAAAACGAAGGUCACUAACUAAUAUAUCCUAUCAAAAUAUUCUAAACUUUAAUUUAAAUACUCCUCCAACUUCUUCUUCCUCAUCGGGAUCUUCAAAUAAUAAUAAUAAUAAUAAUAAUAAUCAACCUCCACAAUUAAAUAUUGGUGGUACAUCAUCACCUAUCACAACACCUAUUACAACUCCACCAACUCCAACAUCAAAUAAUUCAACACCCAUUUACUAUACAUCACCAAGACUACAAAACUAUGACUUUUCCUAUAUCAAUCAAUACAACCCAAAUCCUGGAAAUAAGCAACAACAUCAUCAUCAUCAACCAUCACCACUAAGCUUUGAUGGAUCGUCCACGGCAUUGACAUCAUCAUCUUCACCAUCCCCACCUACCACAACUACUACCACCAACAAUAUCAACUCUAAUUCCAGACCUCACCGAGCCAGAUCAACUUCAUUUGAAAAGAGAUUAUUUGAUUAA